CGCGUUCAGACUCCCGAACUGCUCUUUCAUCACCACUUCCAAACCUUUCUCGCAAUCCUUCUUCCCACCUCCCCUCCCAUCUCCACCACGGUUGAGAAAAAAAUUGCCUUCCCGAUCUUGUAACGAGCUCGCCUUCUCCUCACUCCUUUGAUUUUCUUCGCUGAAUCGGAUCUCUCUCCUUCAGCCAGCGAUCGAACUUUCAUAAUGCCUACGCCACUCCCUUCUAGUUUUGCUUCCGCCGCUGCUGGCAACGUCCACGACUCUUCUCGGAGAGGCGAUGGGACUGCCGGUGGAGAAUGGUCUCGAUCUCGCAUGAACGGAGCCACACAGACCUUCCGCCGCCCUUCAGUUGCCAUCAAUCCUUCUCAGAGCCGAGAUACCAGCCAACCCGCCUCUGCUACAACCCCCACGGCCGGCGCCUACACUCCGCACCAAAUGUCGAAUUACCCUGCCAGCGCACUUCGCAACGGGGCGGGCAGUGACACUCGUUACUCCAAGGAACAGCUUCUCAACCUGUACAAAUCCCAGCGGGAAUCGGGCGCCUUGAAUAAGAAUGUUGCAGAGUACUUCGCCGCCGACUGGAAUCCCCGUGCCGACACCUCUCCCGUGAACGGCGCUUGGGGAAGAAGGGAGGAUGCAAAGGAUAAUCCUUCUGGGCCCGAGGUCUGUUGGGAUCAUGGCGGACAGAUGGAGCCAUUAGGAUUGAUGGAUAUGACCGAUGAGGAGAGAGAGUUAUUUACCCUCUCGGUCAACUCCCCGCUUAAGCCGCCGCCUACGAACGCUUCCAAGGAAAACGCCGGUACCGGAACUGGAGGACGCAAAUCUUCGAUUUCCUACUCGCAGGGCCACAUGAACAACUACAACACCCAAUCCCCGAGCGCGGCUCGCCCCGGUCCCAGACGUCGAGAGACGGGCGAUUCCACCGGCAAUCCAAUGUCUCCUACCGCCAGUGGAACUCGCUUCUUCCGUGACGAACCGAAUACGGCCACCCCGCCGCCGUCCCUGUUGCGUCGCAAGACCGAUUUCCGCGACACUUCGUCCACUUCCCGGUGGGAGGAGAAGGAGAAGGAGUCCGCCAACCGCGAAGGGGGCUCGGAGGUCGCCUCUCCGUUCGGCUCGCUGAAGCGGAGCUCGACGAACCCUCUGAAUGUUGCUCCUGGUGGAGGAAACUCUCCGUGGGGCGCGUCGGCUUCGCACAGUGCGAACUUCUCUCCGAUGGGUGCCUUUGGCGCGUUCUCCUUGGGGACGAACGCCGCCCAGACGCCCACCACGGAAAAGAAAGCCGGGUUUGGGAGUCUGCGCGGCGAGAGUCGCCUGAAGGGCUUGUUUUCCAAGGAUAGCACGGAGGAUAUGUCGGCUUCGAUCAAGGAGAAGACAUCCCUCAGCAGCUUGGAACGACUGGCCGAGGGCGAGGGUGAUAAGCGCUCGCAGUCGCCCUGGGGGGAGACGGUCAAGACGCGCGCUGGACGGAGUGAGACCAAUCCAUUCUCGGAGGAGUUGCGCAGCGGAAGUGCUGCCCUGGGCGGAUCUCAGGAUAUCAGCACGCCGUCUCAGGCUGCCGCCGACCAGCUGGGUUUCUCGGCCUUCGGAAUGACCUCCAGCAUUCCUGGCUUUCGAGAGCUGAUGCAGAGCCACGAGAAUUCUCGCAACCCCACGCCCAGCCUGCUCCAGGGCCACGAACCGACGAGUCCCACCAACACGAACCCUUACCAGAGUCCCCAUGGCGAACGAGGCGGCGGCGGUGGCAUUAGCGGCGAUCUAGAUGACGUGGAAACUGACGGUUCUGACAUCCAGAAUACUCACCACCCCGGACUCAGCGGCCUGCGUGACCCCGCUAGCGCUUUCGGCUCGAUUCGACGGGUUGGAUCAGGAAUGGAUCUGCCUUCGAUCGAUCGCAGCCAGACCUCCAGCGCCGCCGGAAACCGCAGCUUCUCGGGCCUGGGAGGACUGGGCGGCCUGUCUUCUCUCGGCGGUGCCGGCGGAUGGCCUUCCUCUGGUGCCGUGGGCACCCCGACCCGGGAGAGAUCUGCGUUUGCCGGUGGAUUCGGUGAUCCCAUCUUCGGCUCCAUGGCAGAUCUCCAGUCCCCUAGCCUGUCCACGCUGGGAGGAAGCGGGCUCUUCAGUCCUCACCCGGGUGGUAUCAGUGGCACGGGCAGCCUUGGCCGCUCCAGCAAGCUCGGAUCUCUCUUCCCAGCUGCCAUGCAGGAGCAGAUGCAAGCGGAGCAUCCUGCCAGACCCGAUCUUGGCACCCUAGAGGAAAGCAUUCGCCAAGCAGACGCUCAGCAGGCCGACAAGACCGGGCAAGGACACGCACCUGCCACCACGUCAACUUCGCAAACCCCCGUUUCUGCUGUCGGCUCCCUCCCGACCUCCAUGACCGCCGACGGGGCUCCGCCGAGCCAGACCCCCGGACCCCCCGGUAGCAACCUCGCCUCGGUCCCUCCCGCUCAGCAGCGGACCAUGGUCAUGCCCGAUCGCAUGCGCUGGAUCUACCGCGACCCGCAAGGCAACAUCCAGGGUCCCUGGACCGGUCUCGAGAUGCAUGAUUGGUUCAAGGCCGGGUUCUUCAGCCCUGACUUGCAAAUCAAGAAGCUCGAGGACCCGGAGUUCGAGCCCCUGGCGCAGUUGGUGCGACGCAUUGGCAACUCUCGCGAGCCUUUCUUGGUGCCUCAGAUCGGCAUUCCUCACGGACCCGAGCCCAACCCUACCGGAACUUGGACCACGAACAACGCCGGGGCUGCCCAGCCUCCGUUCCCCGGCAGCUUCCCCAGCUUCGGUACCACCUUGACUGCUGAGCAGCAGAACGCCCUGGAGCGCCGCAAGCAGGAGGAGCAGUAUCUGAUGGCGAGACAGAAGGAGCACCUUGCGCAGCAGCAGGCUUUGAUGAAGCAAAUGCAGUUCCAGGGUGUCCCUCAUGCCAUCCAUCCCCAUCAGCUUCAGCAUCACUCCAGCGCCCAUAGCCUGCAUAGCCAGCCUAGCUUUGGCAGCAUCGCUUCCCCCGUCGGCUUCCAACCGUCGCCCAUUCAGGGCCCCAUGCAGCAGCAACAACAGCAGCAGCAGCAACAGCAACCCCCUGUUGGCGGAUUCUUCGAUGCUGCCGCUCCCCUCCGACCGGGUGCUCUGCCCAACGUCGGCCCCCAGAUGCUGGGAACCGAGCUGGGUGGCAGCCAGGACCAGCUUCCUGCUCUGCUCGACCGCCUGAAUGUGAGCCGCAACGAUCCUUUCGCUUUCGGCAGUCCCGGUUCGUUGAACGCGCGUCAACCCGACAGUCUGUUUCAUUCCCAGCAAGUUGCCUCCAUGCUCCAGGACCGAGCUCGAUUGCAGCAGGAGCAAGAACAAUUCGACAGCACCCAGGGGGACAGUCUCUUCGACCAGCAAGCCCGCGAGGAGCGACUGCGUCAGUUUCAUGCGCUGAGAGCUCAGGAGGGUGAAUUGGGCCUGCGCACCGCUGAGGGUCUCCCCACCCAUCCCGCCAUGGACCCUUCUCUGGAGGACGAGGGCGAGACUUUGACCUCGCAGGACCUUGCCGCCGGCGUGGCCACUCUUGAAGCCAGCCAGGAGGGCAGCGAACCUGUCCUGACUCUGUCCCAGCAGGUCCAGAAGGCCGCGUCGGCCCAGAGAGAGCAGCAGGAGCACGAACAGCAGCAUCACCACCAGCAACAGCAACAGCACGAGCAGGAACAGGUUCAGGGUGAGGUUGCCUGGGGUGGUGCCGGUCUUGCCAAGGGUGACUCUGCCAUGCCUCAGCCCUUCCCUCCCCCGCCGUCGGCCUCGCCGCUGCCCGCCCCGGCUGCGCAGCGCAACCGCCAGAACGUCGCCGAGUCGUUGGCCGCCAACUCUCGAUCCCAGACCCAAACGCCCGUGGAGGCACCUACCACCUCGAUUGCCCCGUGGGCCAAGGAGGCCAACGAGCUGCCCAAGGGACCGUCUCUGAAGGAGAUCCAGGAGGCCGAGGCUCGCAAUGCCGCCCAGAAGGAGGAACUGGCCGCUGCCGCCCGUCGCGCGCAGAUGCUUGCCGAGCAGGAGCGACUCAGCCAGGCCCAGACGCAGGCGGCCCCGGGCCUGCCUUCCACCGCCAACUGGGCCAGUGCCGGAUCUCCCGCCACCCUUUCGUCGGCCGGAUCUGUGUGGAACAACAAGGGCCAGACGCCGUCCAGCACCGCCAAGAAGACUCUGGCGCAGAUCCAGAAGGAAGAGGAGGCGCGCAAGCAGCGUAUGGCCGCUGCCGCCGCCGCUGCUCAGAGUGCCGCCGCUAUGACUGCCAGCGCAGCUCCCCCCACGACCAGCCCCCCUGCGGCGCCGUCGUCCACCGGCAAGCGCUAUGCGGACCUGGCCAGCAAGGCCCCUGCCGCCGUUCCCUCGCCCGUCUCGGCCGCUGCCACGACUGCCGCCGCCGCUGGUGGCGGUAGCGCGUGGACCACCGUUGGUGCCGGCGGUAAAGCCAAGGCGCCGCCUGCCGCUCCGUCCGGUCCGCGAUCGACCACCGCCACGACACCUUUGCCGGCGUCGCCCGCUCGACCCAAGCCUGCGACGGUGAUCAGUGCGCCGCGGACGGUCACCGUGGGCAGCACGCCCCCUGCCAACCCCAACCGCGCCGUGGAGGAGUUCACCAAAUGGGCCAAGCUGACCCUGGGCAAGGGGCUGAACAGCAGCAUCAAUGUCGAUGACUUCGUUCAGCAACUGCUGCUCCUGCCGGCCGACUCCGAAAUCAUCUCCGACUCGGUGUAUGCCAACUCGCAGACUCUGGAUGGACGACGCUUCGCGGAGGACUUCAUCCGGCGUCGCAAGAUGGCGGACAAGGGCAUUGUGGACCCGACGGUGGCCAGCGCGUUGGCGGAGCAGAGCAGCGCCGGUGGCUGGAGCGAAGUGGCCAAGAAGGGAUCGUCGUCGAACGUGCAUCGCGAGGAGGACAACAGCAGCGCGGCUAUACUCAAAAUGUCCCUCCCCUUCGGCGCUCCCAUGAAAUCGCAAUUCCUCAUCGACCCGACCUUCCGCAACCUCAACCACGGAUCCUUCGGAACAUACCCCCUCCCCAUCCAAACCACCCAACAAUCCCUCCAAACCACCGCCGAAUCCCGCCCGGACGUCUUCAUCCGACGCACGCAGCCCUCUCUGCUCGACUCCGCCCGCGCCGCCAUCGCCUCCCUCCUCAACGUCCCCGUCUCCGAAUGCGUCUUCGUCAAGAACGCCACCACCGGCGUCAGUACCGUCCUCUCGAACCUAGUCUUCGAACCCCACGACGUGCUCCUCUACUUCGACACGAUCUACGGGGGCGUCGAGCGGGGAAUCCACCAGCUGGUUGAGAGGGGACUCAGAACCAAAAAGGUCGGGUAUAACUUUCCAAUUGAGACGGAGGAUAUCCUGAGACAGUUUCGACAGGCUGUGAAGGAGGUAAAAGCGGAGGGAGGGAGGGUGAAAGUCGCGGUGUUCGAUACGAUCGUGAGCACCCCGGGGUUCCGGUUUCCGUUUGAGGACCUGGUGGAGGCGUGUCGCGACGAGGGGGUCUUGAGUCUUGUGGAUGCGGCGCAUGGGGUGGGUCAGAUCGAACUGGAUCUGGGGGCGUUGAGGCCGGAUUUUUUGACGAGUAAUUGUCAUAAAUGGCUCUACACCCCCCGCGGCUGCGCAGUCCUCUACGUCCCCCAUCGCCAUCAACAUCUCAUUCGCUCGACGAUGCCUGCUUCGUGGGGAUGGAUUCCGCCCUCCUCCUCCUCUUCCCCACCCGCUAACCCAGCUACUCCUGGGAGCAAAUCCCCCUUCGAAUACCUCUUUCAAUACACCGCCACGACCGACGACACGGCGUACCUGUGCGUCCCCGCGGCGCUGGAGUUCCGCCAGAAGGUCUGUGGCGGAGAGGCGCGGAUCUACGCGUACUGCGAACGGCUGGCGAACGAGGCGGCGGAUCUGCUGGCGGAGGAGCUGGGGACGGAGGUGUUGCAGGAGGCGGGCCUGUCCGGGCAAGAGAGUCGGAUGCGCAGGUGCGCGAUGACAACGGUGAGGUUGCCUGUUCGGAUUGGGGGGAUUGAGAGUGGGAUGAAGGCUUUGGAUCUGGAGGAGAAGGUGACGGUUCAAGAGCAAGACGGCAGAAAUGUGUCUGUCGUUCCUAAGGCUUUGGUGCCUGCGGUGCUGGACUGGUUCCGCGACAAGCUGUUCCGCGCUGGCACGUUUGUGCCGGUGUUUGAGUAUCAGGGAUCCUUGUGGAUAAGGCUGAGUGGGCAGAUCUAUCUGGAGAGGAGCGAUUUCGAAUGGUUGGCGGGGGUGUUGAAGGGGUUGUGUGAGAGACUGAAGGAGGACCGAGUUCUAGUUGAAUCCCGUAUGUAGAAGUUAUAGAUAGUCAUCCUUCUAUACUAGGCGGUCAUCCUAUACAAGCC